GCCUCCUUUCCUGCUCCCCGAACAGCGUGUGCUGUGGAUGUGGCAGCGCCGCUGCUCCUUCUGACUACGUGUCUCUACUUUGCCGGGUAGUCAGUGUGCCCGUGGUUGAUUUUUCCAGGUUAUUCGCGUUGACUGAGGUAAUCAUCUAUCGGUGCCAUGUUUGCCCGGCUGGCAUUGAGCUCUCGCCUGCCAUCCAGGAUCCGGCAGUCAAAUGUCUGUCCAGUUCCCAUCAGAACAUUCUCACAGGCAAAAUUCUCUCUCCCGCGGCCCCAUGGGAAGUCCUUUGCCCACCGCAGUGAGCUGAAGCAAGCCAAACGCAUUGUUGUGAAGCUGGGCAGUGCUGUGGUCACACGCGGAGAUGAGUGUGGCUUGGCGCUGGGGCGACUGGCCUCAAUAGUAGAGCAGGUGGCCAUGCUGCAGAAUCAGGGCAGGGAGAUGAUGAUUGUUACAAGCGGUGCUGUGGCAUUUGGAAAGCAGCGACUACGACACGAGAUUCUGCUGUCUCAGAGUGUCAGGCAAGCCUUGCAUUCUGGACAAAACCAACUUAAAGAUAUGUCCAUUCCAGUUCUAGAAGCAAGGGCCUGUGCAGCUGCUGGCCAGAGUGGUUUGAUGGCGUUGUACGAGGCAAUGUUUACCCAGUACAGCAUCUGCACUGCACAAAUUCUGGUCACCAACCUGGAUUUUCACGAUGAGCAGAAACGACGCAACCUGAACAGCACGCUGCACGAACUGCUGCGGAUGAACAUAGUUCCUAUCAUCAACACCAAUGAUGCUGUUGUUCCACCCCCUGUUCCAAACAGUGAUUUACAGGGGGUAAAUGUAAUAAGCAUCAAAGAUAAUGACAGCUUAGCAGCACGGUUGGCUGUCGAAAUGAAAGUCGAUCUUCUCGUCGCUCUUUCUGACGUUCAAGGCUUAUACGACAGUCCUCCAGGAACAGACGAUGCUAAGCUCAUUGAUAUAUUCUAUCCUGGAGACCAACAGUCAAUCACUUACGGCACCAAGUCCAGAGUUGGGAUCGGCGGCAUGGAAGCCAAGGUGAAAGCGGCGCUUUGGGCACUACAAGGCGGGACCUCUGUUGUCAUUGCCAAUGGAACUGACCCUAAAGUCACAGGCCACGUCAUCACAGACAUUGUGGAAGGGAAGAAAGUGGGCACCUUCUUCUCUGAAGUGAAACCUGCAGGACCAACUGUGGAGCAGCAGACGGAAAUGGCUCGGCAUGCAGGCAGGACUCUGGCCUCCCUGCAUCCUGACCAGAGAGGGGAGAUCAUCUGCUGUCUUGCUGAGCUGCUCACAGAGAAAAAGGAUGAGAUUCUUAGUGCCAACAAGAAAGACAUGGAGAUAGCAACGGCAUCAGGUCGAUUCUCCCAGCCGCUGAUAAACCGCCUGAGUCUUUCCACCUCGAAGCUGAACAGCCUCGCCAUCGGCCUGCGUCAGCUUGCCGCGUCCUCCAGGGACAGCGUGGGCCGCGUGCUGAGGAGGACCAGGGUGGCGAACAACCUGGAGCUGGAGCAGAUCACGGUCCCCAUCGGCGUGCUGCUGGUCAUCUUCGAGUCGCGUCCCGAUUGCCUCCCGCAGGUGUCGGCUCUGGCAAUUGCCAGUGGAAAUGCUUUGCUCUUGAAGGGAGGGAAAGAAGCUUCCUACACCAAUAAAAUCCUACAUCAGCUGACUCAGGAAGCUCUCUCAAUUCACGGAGUGGCCGACGCCAUCCAGCUGGUGAGCACACGAGAAGAAGUGGAGGACCUGUGUCGGCUUGAUAAAUUGAUCGAUUUGAUCAUCCCAAGAGGCUCUUCUCAGCUGGUCCGGGACAUCCAGAGGGCAGCGAAGGGCAUCCCCGUGUUGGGCCACAGCGAGGGCGUCUGUCACGUCUACAUCGACAGUGAAGCCAGCAUAGACAAAGCUAUUGACUGUGUCAAAGACUCCAAAUGUGACUACCCUGCUGCCUGCAACGCCAUGGAGACUCUCCUCAUACACAGAGAUUUACUGCGCACUCCUGUGUUUGACCAGAUCAUCGACAUGUUGAGAGCGGAACAUGUAAAGAUCCAUGCGGGACCCCGUUUUGCGUCCUAUUUAACUUUUAGCCCAUCUGAGGUGAAGUCUCUGAGGACAGAGUAUGGUGACUUGGAGUGCUGCAUCGAAGUGGUCGACAGCAUGCAGGAUGCCGUGGACCACAUCCACAAGUACGGCAGCUCCCACACCGACGUCAUCAUCACAGAAAACGAAGAAACAGCCGAGCAGUUCCUCCAGCAGGUGGACAGCGCCUGCGUCUUCUGGAACGCCAGCUCUCGCUUCGCCGACGGCUACCGCUUCGGCCUCGGUGCCGAGGUGGGUAUCAGCACAGCGCGGAUACAUGCCAGAGGUCCGGUGGGUUUGGAGGGACUUCUAACCACAAAGUGGGUCCUUCGAGGAGAGGGUCACACAGUGGCCGACUUCUCUGAGCAAGGCAGCAUGAAAUACCUCCAUGAAAACAUCCCUGUGCCCCAGGGAAGCUUAGCUUAGGCGCUCAACCAAGAGAGCAUGGCUUUCCUCCCAGAGCUCAGUUGAAGGUUUGUCAGUAGAGACUUUUCAUCUCACAGCUUGCUGCUUCCUCACAGGUACAAGUCCACCAUUUCCACUGCGUUUCUGAUUGGUUCACAAUCAGAAACUAGCUCUUCUGUUUCUCAGAUGCAUAUCAAUCUCCCAAGGAGUUUGAGUGUUGACUGGUGGGAGAGGCUUAUGUUGUUCUUAAAAGCUAAAGAAAACAGUCUUCAUAUAACCAUGUCUGUCAGGUGAAUCAUAAUGGACUCAAAGUGUUUUUAUACUCGCCAAAAAAAGAAAUUAUUGUUCCAACUGUGAUUUUCUAAUUUAUUUUUCUACAUGCAAACUCUCCCUUGGUCUUUUUGUAACUGAUUGGAAGUGUUGGUUGCGCAGGAUUUUGGUUCAGUUUUAUUUUCUGUCCUUCUUCUUUGCACAAAGGAAUAAUAAAUAUGCUAUACGGUUGA